UUUUGAGAGAUUUAAUCCAAAAACGAAAUGAAGAGACACAACUUGUUCCCUCGGUCGAAUAGAACACAUGCGUCUCGUUAUUUCUCUUUUCUUUAACAAACUCAUUCGGAUUAACCCAAUUUUCAUCACUGCCCAGUGAUUAGUGAAGUUUUGUUUAUGCAAAGAUGCACAUGUAGAAAAGGGACGCAUUGAAAGUCCAUUUUUCCUCUAGCGUAGAAGCAAAGAUUAAACUGUUACGAAAAAGGUGCCAGCUUUCCUUCCAUGGGUGCUCCUAAGCAGAAAUGGACUGCAGAAGAAGAAGCAGCGCUAAAAGCUGGAGUACUCAAACAUGGGUCAGGAAAAUGGCGCACUAUACUUACUGAUCCUGACUUUUGUGCCAUUUUGCGUACUCGUUCAAAUGUAGAUCUCAAGGAUAAAUGGAGGAAUAUAAAUGUCACAGCAAUAUGGGGAUCCCGGCAGAAAGCAAAGCUUGCUCUUAAAAAGAACCUUCCAGCCCCCAAAAUUGACAAUAAUCAAUUGGCCUUGAGUAAAGUAGUUCAACGUGAAGACAUUCUCGACAUUAAGCCUCUAACAAUUUCUGGUGGAGCAUUGCAAUCUUCUAAUUCAAAAGAACAAGUAUCAAGGUUGGGGGAUAAUCAUGUACUAGAGGCUAUUGUCAAUAUGAAGGAUCCAAAAGGUUCUGACAAGGCUGCCAUUGCUUCUUACAUAGAGGAAAAAUAUCAGUGUCCACCAGAUCUUCAAAUGUUACUGUCAAAAAAACUGCAGCAUAUGGUGACAAGUGGCAAAAUAGUCCAGGAAAAGCACAAGUACAAAGUUAUGCCAAGUCCAACAGUCUCUGAAAAAAGAAGCUCUUCCUUGAUGCUCAUGGAAGCGAGGCCCAAAGAUUUUCUAGAAGUGGAGAAGAGUGGUGAUGUCAACAUCGUUUCAAAAUCUCAAAUUGACGCAGAGCUAUCAAAAGCGAGGAGCAUGACAGCUCAAGAAGCAGCAGCUGCAGCUGCAAAAGCAGUUGCAGAGGCCGAAGUUGCCAUUGCACAGGCUGAGGCAGCAGCUAGGGAGGCAGAGGCUGCAGAAGCAGAAGCUGAGGCUGCUCAAGUCUUUGCAAAAGCAGCGAAGAAGGCGCUUAAAUGCAAAAUGCUUCAUAUUUGAUGCCGUGGACUUUAGGUAUUCAUCAUCGGCCGAGUUGGUUUGAGAUAAUGGUUCAACUGCUGUGCCUACUGCCAAUUUUUUUGUAGCUGUACAUAACUUUCGGCUUGUAAAUCUGGAAUAUGCGGGACGAUUCUUGAAACAUUUUAUCAGGAGUUGAUGAUAGCUUUUAUCUUACUUUUUCCUUUUUAAUCUUAAGGAAGGCAAUGAAGAAUGUUACAAAGUACUAAAGAAGAUUGUUGAAAUGGAAUGAUCAACAUAGACAUUUCAUUUGGGCUAGAUGAAAGAUAUCAAUUUUAUUAGUGCUCUAAUAGCAAUUUGGAUUGUCAUUGACAUGCAGGUCAUUUACAUUGUUUGUUCUAAGACAUUGUUACAUCACUUUUUAUAUUGCUAAGCAAUAUAUUGUGACCUUUUUUUUU